AUGGAUCACUUCAACUUUGACUAUCCGCCUACCUCCCAAGAUGAUUCUCAGGACGGUGGCGUCUCGCUACCCCCAUCCCUCUCACAGGAUGCCAUGAUCGGCUUCCCAAAUACCGUUGGCAAUUUUGGCUUCACGGGUUCCAUGCUACCGCAGGACGGUGGCAUCUCCCUUCAUGGCUUCGAACCUCCAGCAACACAGAAUGAGUUGGAAGGCCGUCUCAACAAUGUCAUCCUCGCCUACGAUACCUCCAACCAGGCUUCUUUGCAGAUGGGCCUCGAUCCGAACGGCUUUUCCUACGUCCCGACCACCUACCCCGCCACUUCUUUGGGAAUGUCUCCUAUAGACCAGACACAACUACAGGCCUCGUAUCCCGACUUUAACACUUUACCCCCGCAAGCCCAAACCCGAUAUCUCCAGCAACCACAACCUCAGCAGCAGCAGCAGCCACCGCAAGCCCACAAUGUGCCCGCACUACGCCAAGAUCCCUACACCACGACGAAUUCGACUGGAAGUUUCGAGGACUCGGACUUUUCUCGAACAAGUGAUCGAUCCAAGGCUAGCACGAUCUCCUCCCGUCCACCCCAAGAUCGCGCUCGCCCCCGUCAGCCACCGUACGCCCCACCCUUUCGCCAUCAACCCGUCGCGAUCCAGCCCAAAAAACCAGCCCUGGUGAAACGCCAGUCUCCAGGAUUGACAACUCCCGAUGCGGGGAAGACGGAGCACACGGGAAUCUACUCCAGUAGUGGCUUUGAUGUACUGGGAGUUUUGAGUCGAGUGGCGGCUCGCCCAAAUCCCAAGAUCAAUAUCGGCGCGGUCGACUUAUCCUGUGCUUUUGUGCUUUGCGAUAUCUGGCAAAAGGACCACCCGAUCGUAUACGUUUCCGAGGCAUUUGAACGCUUGACAGGAUACGUGAAAGAUGAAAUUGUGGGUCGGAAUUGUCGUUUCCUCCAGGAUCCAAAUGGUGAUCUCAAGGCUGGCAUGAAGAGAACCUUUGUGGAUGGUCAGACGGUUUAUCGCCUGCGGUCUACGAUUCAUGAAAGAAGUGAAAUCCAGGCUAGUAUCAUCAACUACCGGAAGGGUGGACAGCCUUUCAUGAAUCUCAUCACUAUGAUCCCGAUUCAGUGGGAAUCUGAAGAGUAUCGGUAUUAUGUUGGAUUCCAGGUAGACUUGGUUGAAAAGCCAGAUGCCAUUACAAGAAGAAAUCCAGAUGGUACAUACACUAUCAACUACCAACGGGACCAACUUCCCCAGUAUAUGGUUCCACCUCCGGAGAUCUACCGCAUUCGACCAGAUCUGGCAGUCCAAUACAGCCAUGAUCAAGUUAGUGAGAUUUUGACUGCUGUUGGUGCACCUGGAUCCAAUGUCUCACGCAACUACCUGGAUCGCAUCCUGGUUGAGAAUACCGAUGACGUGAUUCAUGUAUUGUCUUUUAAUGGAGAGUUCCUAUAUCUAUCACCAUCCUGUAAGAAGAUACUGGAAUACGACUCUGUUGAGCUGGUCGGCAAGACCUUGUCAACGGUCUGCCACCCUAGCGACAUUGGACCCGUGAUUCGCGACAUGCGAGCGAGCACGACAUCAGCACCGAUCAGUGUUGUGUAUCGCAUUCGCAAGAAGUAUCAAGGGUAUAUCUGGUUUGAGGGUCACGGUGCAUGGCACAUCGACCCGAACCAAGGCCGCAAACACCUUGUGAUGACCGGUCGUCCUCGACCCGUGUAUUCACUGCACCAAAUCACCCGACUGGGGUCUUCUGCGGCCCUAGCGGAUAAUGACGUCUGGGCCAAGAUAUCUCUAUCAGGCGUAAUCUUGUUUGUCACCUCCAAGGUGAAGCCCGUACUGGGGCGUGUUCCUGAUGACUUGGUUGGCAAGGGUCUACGUGAGAUUAUGGAGCCCGAAGAUGGACCAAAAGCUAUCACCACUGCCCUGGAGACAGCUGCCUCAGGUGGCAGUAGUAGUACUGACCAAGAGGAUGACAUUGAAGACUCAUCGUCCAAGGAACCCCCAUCAUUCCGGCAUCAGAUGCGACACAAAAAGGGCCACAUGCUGUCUGCUCAUACGACUUUAUACGCCGGAGAUUCAGUGAAUGGAUUCCGGCCUUCUUUCCUGGUUGCUCAAAUUCGAUUUGCGCGAGCAUUCCCACCAUCUCUCACUGCCACUGCCGCCGCUGAGGAUGAGACCAGCGCCAAUGUACCCGGCACAGCCAGGAAAACCACCCUCCUCACCGAAGACGCACUCCCGCCUCGUCAAUAUGGGGCUCUGGGGCAACGAAUGCCCGAUCUUUCCACCCUUAUCGGUCUAAAUGGCCUUCCUACCGGAAACCGGGGCUCACCAUCAGAUACUCCAGCCACAUUCUUCACCGAGUUAAACCCUACUCGUGGAUCCAGCUGGCAGAUCGAGCUCCGGGAAUUAGAAAAGCAAAACCGCACUCUAGCAGACGAACUGCAGCGCAUGCUGAACCGAAGAAAGAAGCGGAAGCGCAAGCUGAAUGCGCAAUCAGUGGAGAAGUCAUGCUCAACAUGCAAGACUAAAAGCACACCUGAAUGGCGACGAGGUCCGAGCGGGGAUCGAGACCUUUGCAAUGGGUGUGGAUUGCGAUGGGCGAAGCAGAUGCGUAGUAAAACGCAUGGGACAGCUGCGACAGCUGUGACACAGUGA